AAUCUCCUUGACACAAAAUCCUACUUUGCCAACGCUACUCUCCAACGAUUCGCCAACACUACUUUCUGAUGAUUUGAAUCUGGACAUCGUCGGUAACAAUGGUUGAAACUCGGGGGUCUGCAACAUCAAGCAAAGAGGGGAGAGUUUAUGAAAGAUCUACAGAGAAGAGGAAGACUGAAGCAAAAAGGGAGCCCACAAAAGGGCAAGUUGUGAAGGAGUUGGCUCGAAAGGGUCUAGCAUUGGAAGGUGCAGAUACUAGGAGCAAGUGUACAACACAAAAUGUGAAGAAUCCGUUGUCAUUGAAUGCGUUGCAUGCAAUUUCAAUAAGUAAAUGGGCAGAAGCAACAAAGAGAUCAAAACUAAUCGGUGGUACAGUUGGAAGCAAAGAUGUGGACAAGGAAGCAAGUGCCAAGAAAACUACAGGUUGUGGUGUUGAGCACGAAAAGAAUAGUUCUGAUAGCAUCCCUGAACAAACACGAGUGCUAACAAAGAAGAUGUUGGUGAUAAAAUAGAUGGAGGUAAGGCUAUCGGUGAAGCUUCUGAGAAGGGGUCCUCCGGUAUGUCUGGUAUGAUAUAGAAAUUAUUUACUUCUGACAUAUUCCAAUAUUAUGACAACAACUAAAUUCAACGACUAUUGUAUUCUAAAAAGGUACAAAGCGUCCACGUGAAGAUGUUCUAGAUCAAAUUGCUAGCCCAAUGAGCAAGAUCAAUGAAAAAAGAGGAAAAAGAAAGGUUAUUGUCCAUAAUGAUACAAGUGAGAGUGUAGUUGCAACAGAAGUCAAAAAGGGUAAAAAGAAAAAGGAGUUUGAAACAAUGAAGUUCAAGAUUAAUCCUACUUACAUUAUAAAAGGUGAUGCAGUCGUUAAACGAGCGACAACGUGCAACAGUAGAUGAAAUGGGCUUUGGGUAGCUAAUACAUUUUGGUAUAACUAAAAU